AUGGUGGUCAAUGUUUUGCUGACAAGAAGAAUCCAAAAAGCUAUUGUAGACGUUCAAGAAAGCGGUGAAACACCAAAAGAAUUAUCAGAUAGGUUAUCAGAAUAUUGUUCAAAGGAUCUUGAUGGAAAUAAAGAUAAGGAAGCAAGCAUCGAGUUCUCCCUCGUACGUGAAGUUUGGCAACUUUUGAAGAAAAACUCUUUUCGAUCAGGUGAGGACAAGUUGAUCUAUUUACAUGAACUACUAGAGGGUAGUGAAGUCUAUGUUUCACCGCCAAAACCACCCGAGAGGAAUCCAGAGCUUGUGGCUCGUCUAAAGAAAUUACAAGCACAGCAAGACAGAUUAAAAUAUGAUGCCAUGGUUUCAAACUUAGGACCAAAGUAUGACGCAGCAAAAGAAUUAGGAACAGAAGUGAGAACUACGUCAAAGCAACUGUCAUCAAUAUUCAACUUCCUUGUCAGUAUUGCAGCAGCAUUUGUCUUUGGGUUUAUCGCUUCACAAUAUGCCUUCCCGAAUCUUGGAAUGAGAGUCAUCAUUGGUAUCAUCAUGGCCUGUGUUGUGGCAAUAGCAGAUAUAUACUUCAUGGCAAGAACAGAGAUUUAGUACCUACAGCAUAUUGUAUGUUAUAAGAAUAAAAAUGUAAAUAAAAUUAUCAGACUUAUAGCAGA